AUGAUGAAGACUGUUUUUUCUACCAAAGCUGCCACACCAACCAACCAGGUGCUCGAUCAGGCUCUGCAAAACGUCUUUGGCGACUGCAGCCUCAUCCGCAAGUUGGAUUUGGAUCGUAAACAAGGAGUUAGCGACAAGGCUUCUACCAUUCUCAACGGAGAGACCUUUGUCACUGAAGCUUCAUCUGCUAUUAUCCGGCUGGUGCAGCGCGACUUGCCGAACCUGGUGAGCUUCUGUCGGAGUAUUGUUGACCAAUACCCUUGGGAGCGUGGAAUCAGUGGUGUUGAAGUUCCCGAUGAAGGGGACCAGACAGUCUGCGAGGCCAAUUUGUUUGCGCUCGUGAGCAAUUUUAUUGGUCAUGUCACUUCUACUUUCCUGAUGGGGGAGGCGUUUGUGGAAAAUUUCCCUAAUCUCUCAGAAGACCUUGGAAGAAUUGACGAUUGCUUUGUGACAUUGUUCGCUGGCAUUCCUCGCUGGGCCCCACAUCCAGCGGCUUCAGCAGGGCAUGCGGCGAGUGAUCGGCUUCGCCAUAUCUUUUCGGUCUUUCAUCGAGCUUUUACAGCUUGGGAUGAUGGAAUUGACGCCGGCAUUGAACUGCGUGAUCUUGACGAUGUCUCUGAACUGGUCAAAGAUAGGAUGCGAACUUUCCGCAAAUUGGAGCUAUCUCCAGGUGCCAGUGCUGCAGGGCACUUGUCUCUAUAUUAUGAUCUGAUUGAACACCCCACCAAGAUUACUUUUUGGACAAUUACUCAUCUCUUUGCCGAACCUUCACUUCUCGAUCAAGUCCGCAAAGAAAUUUCCUCUUAUGUGGUAGCUUCCAGACCAACUCGCGAGGAAACGGGCUUUCCCUUCGAUGAACCUCCUCGUCUCUCUCUGGACAUUGAAAAAGUGCUCACAUCUUGUCCAUUGUUCAAAGCGUGCUACUAUGAGACUGUGCGUCUUCAUUCAGCAGGAAUUUCAUUCAAGAAGCUGGCGUCCGAUGUGACACUUUCCGAGUCAGCAGAAGAAGCCGCCUAUGGCCUGACUGAGCCCCGUGCAUACAAAAUUGCAAAGGGCGAGGGUAUCAUUGUGCCCCAUGGUGCCUAUCACCAUGAUGCUCGGUACUUCUCAAACCCGGAGCAGUUUGAUCCCCUACGAUUUCUCGUGACUGAUCCUACGACGGGAAAACAGCGGGCUGAUUCAAACAUCCUUGCUCCCUUUGCGGAUGGGUUGUAUGGUUCGACAAAUAAUGGUUUUACCGAGCGAGCUAUCUUGACUUUCAUUGCUGGCAUUGUGGCCUUGUGGGAGAUUGAGCCCACAAGUGGUAAAUUCCUCUCAGUUCCAGGGCACAAGACUAGCUGGGGUGCUUUCCGACCGACCAAGGAGCUGCGAGUGAAGAUGAAGUUGAGGAUAGGGACAUGCGGUGUCAUGGGAACUGCUAGUACAAUGGCUUGUGUCACUGCUGCGUUGGGAAUGAUGCCGCUUCGGGGUGCAACUGCACCAGCAGUAUCAUCCGCGAGACUGCGAAUUGCCGAGGAGACCGGUGCAAAUGCAGUUGCAAUCGCAAAGUCGAAGAGAAAGCCACAAGAAAUCUUGACGAAGGAAUCGUUCUGGAAUGCCAUCACGGUGCUCCAGGCCAUUGGCGGCUCGACAAAUGCCGUUGUUCAUCUGCUGGCUAUCGCAAAUAGACAUCCAGAACUGCAAGGAGUCAUCACUUUAGAUACCAUUAAAGAGAUUGGCCGCAAAACUCCGCUAUUGAUUGAUCUCAAGCCGAGUGGGGAUAACUAUAUGAAUGACUUCCACAAUGCAGGAGGCAUGAUGGCGCUAUUGCAGGUGCUUCGACCCCUGCUCCAUUUAUCUGCAGUGACAAUUACUGGGCAAACACUGGGUGAGGUUCUCGAUGCGUCCCAAUCUAAGCGACUUUCCUUUGCGCAACAAAUUAUUCGGCCAAUGUCGGACCCUUUGUUUCCCUCAUCAUCCCUGGCUGUUCUGCGUGGCAAUCUUGCCCCGGAUGGAGCGGUCCUCAAAGCCUCGGCGUCAAAGUAUCGGCACUUACUCUCCCACAUUGGACCGGCUGUAGUGUUCGAGAAUUCGGCCGACCUUGCUCAGCGGAUCGAUGAUCCAAACCUAGUCGUGACGAAGGAUAGUGUGCUGGUUCUGAAAAACAUUGGUCCGGUUGGCAAUCCCGGUAUGCCGGAGGCUGGCCUUAUACCGAUUCCAAAGAAGCUAGCAGAAGCAGGAGUUAAGGAUAUGCUACGACUUUCAGAUGGUCGAAUGUCGGGGACCGCGGGCGGAACCAUUAUCCUCCAUAUCUCGCCUGAAGCUGCGCUGCCAGAGUCACCAUUUGGCGUUGUGGAGACCGGUGACUUGAUUAUUUGCGAUAUCAAGACCAGUAGGUUGCACUUGGAAGUUUCCGAGGCAGUGUUGCAGACUCGAAUCGAGAUACAUAGACAGAGUCUUGUAGGAGAGACACAGGCAAGAAAGCAGAGGAGAGGUUACCGCGGAUUGUAUGAGCGAUCGGUGAACCAAGCGCAGGAAGGAGCAGACUUUGAUUUUUUAACAGCUGGAGGUGCUAGCAUGUAG